AAAGGCAAAAGCGAAUCUGAUAUGGCAAGUUUUAAACUUAAAGAUAUGCUGUAUUACACUUGCUGUUAUUCGUUUUUUCUUGUUAGUUCAUUGUAUGUUUAUCAAAAUAUGUGCACUCAAGGCUAAUUACAAUUCGUUCUAAUUUAACAGUUCAUUAUGACUGAUAAGGUAAAAGAUUUGGCUUCCUUAAGUAAAAAAGAGUUAAGUGAGUUUUUAAAUUCCUUUGAUACAAUUCUGUGUGACGUUGAUGGUGUUAUUCAAAAUGCGAGCGUUCCAAUACCUGGCGCGAAAGAUACUAUUGAACUUAUGAGAGAACUGGGAAAAGAAAUAUAUUUUGUCACAAACAACUGCGUUUUAACGCUAAAUGAUUUUCACAAAAAAUUAAGGAACAAUGGUUACAAUAUACGUGACGGACACAUAUUUAAUCCAACUACAGUUAUACUUAAUUACUUAAAAGAAAUUAAUUUUAAAAAGAAGAUAUUUCUUUUCACCAUACAGGGCCUUAAAAAGGAAUUUCAAGAUGCUGGAUAUGAAGUUGUUGACGCACACGAGAUAAAAAUUGAAGGAAAACCACCUUUAUCAUUGUUUCCUAUUGUGAAAGAUCUAGAUCCGGAUGUUGGGGCAGUUUAUUUCGAUAAUGAUGUUGCUUUUAAUUAUAUUGCCUUACAGCAAGCGAUAGAAUAUUUGAAGAAACCUGAAGUUUUACUUUUCGGUUCGGGGGCGGAUAAACUGUUACCUGUCAUGCCCACUAUAAACUUUAUGGGUCCUGGUUUUUUCUUCGAUAUUAUUAAAACAAUGACAGGCAAGGAGCCCCUAUUAAUGGGAAAACCGGAAAAACUGAUAAACGAAUAUAUCAUUAAAAAAAUUAAUUCUCCAACAAAAACUCUGUUCAUCGGCGACGCAUUACAUCAAGACGUAAAAUUUGCUAAACUUUACGGAUAUCAAAGCGUUUUGGUUUUAAGCGGUGUAUCUGCAAAAAGUGAUCUAGAUGAUCCUGCAAAUCAAGAGUUUUUACCCGACUAUUAUAUAAAGAACUUGCUUACAUUAGGAGAAAUCAUUAAACAAAAUAGAGUUUUAAUUCUCUAUAAGGCCCUGCUUCCUGGCAGCAAAGAAUUCAUUGACUUAUUGGAAGAAAACGAUAAGAAUGUCCUUUUUGUAUCUAACAAUAGUCUCCUUCGAUUGUCGGAAUACCAUGUAAAAUUAAAACAAUUAGGAUUUAAUGUGAGACACAACGAAUUGGUUACACCUAUCACUGUUGCCCUCGAUUACCUUAAGGAGAAUAAUUUCAAUAAAAAAAUGUAUUGUAUUAGCCAAAACGGAUUGAAGGAGGACCUCAAGGAAGCCGGAUAUCAACUGAUUGAUGCACGUCAGAAUACAAUUGACGACAGCAGUUUUGACUCAUUUUUGAAAAGCAUUGAAGAUGUAGAUUCGAACGUAGGAGCAGUAUAUGUCGACGUUGACUUCAUGUUCAGCGGUAGUAGUAUUCAAAAGGCUAUCAGAUAUCUUCAGGGAACGAAUGUGGUCCUAUUUGGAUCAGGGUCUGACAAAGUAGUACCUGCUAAUGAUACUGUCACAUUAAUGGGUCCUGGUUAUCUCCACGAUAUCCUGAAGGAAUUAACUGGGAAGGAGCCGAUUCUCUUUGGUAAACCAGGAAUUGAAAUGAAAAAAUACUUGCAAAAGAGGAUAAAGACAAAUAAAACUAUCGUUAUAGGGGAUUCUCUUGACCAGGAUGUUCAAUUGGGAAAAAUUUGCGGUUUUAAAACUUUGCUGGUGCUAAGUGGGGUUUCAAAAAAGACCGAUUUCGAUAAUCAUGGAGGAAAAAAUAUAAGCCCUGAUUAUUUUGUGAAGAGUAUCGAUGUAUUUAGACGCCUAAUAGAGAAGCAUUUACGAUAUUUCAAGAAAUAGGUCGAUACUAAAUUAUGGUAAAAUUGUCCAUUCGUACUUAAAAUUCAAAAAUCUGUAUUAUAAAUUAUUAGAAGGAAAUUAAUUAUGUUAACGACAUAAAAACAAAGCACGAAAUAUUGUGAUAUGUAAACUAAAUAAAAUGAUGAAAACCUGAAA